UUUUUAUCGUGAUCCGGAAAAAUUUAAUCGUUUUACAAAAAGAAAAAACGAGUGCGGGAUCACAUGGCAAGUGCACGGAGCCAUAGCCUAUCGAGAGCAGUGAAUUAACCUGGAGGGCGUCGGUUGUGUGCUGUUUCCGCGACUUCCGCGCGAUGAAGAAAGACGAAGCUCGAAACAGAAAGAUGCGAGAUGAUUUCGUAGUGCUGAUCGCAGGAUUGCUGCGCUUGAAUCACAUAGCACCGGGAAUUACGACGACUAAAGACUGAACUACGGAAGAGCUGCCUUAGCAAGGUCAUCCGACACUCGGCAAAGAGAAGCUUUCAUACGGUGUCCUUCACGACGCGAAUCAUUAUGCAUCAAACACAGCACUUUUCGUCAUUCGGAGGGUCCUUGCUGAUGUGACGUCACUCUUCCGAGGGUUUUGACUCAUCUCUCGCAUUCGCACACCACGAAGAAAUCGGCGCACAAGAUUAUCAGCGACUGAUAAGUGACCAUCGCCAUCGGUUGGCCAAAGAGCGGCUAGCUAACCAAUCGUCAGCUGCAAGGAGCGUGGUUACUUCUACAAAAGUAUCAAAGGGUUUUUUACGCACCAGCAAGCAAAAUGGGGGAUGGCGGCCCUGGCGGACCGUUCCUGCGCACCAUCGAGUGGGAUAUGAUGGAUAAGCGCAAAUUCUUUCCACUGUCGAUGCUGAGCUCGUUUUCAGUUCGCUGUGCCCUCUAUCCGCUGACCGUGAUCAAAACCCAGCUACAAGUGCAAUUCCGGAACGAUGUCUACAAGGGUAUGAUCGACGCCGGAAUCAAAAUCUAUCGCAACGAGGGUGUACCAGGACUCUACCGUGGGUUUUGGAUUUCUUCAGUUCAGAUCGUAAGCGGCGUGUUCUACAUCAGCACGUACGAGGGCGUGCGACAUGUGCUCGGUCAAUACGGAGCGAAUCAACGAGUCAAAUCAUUGGUUGCAGGAGGAUGCGCUUCACUCGUCGGACAGACCAUCAUCGUACCGUUCGAUGUUAUUUCGCAGCACGCGAUGGUACUAGGAAUGGGUGCGCAUGGCGGUAAGAAUGGUCCCGUUAACCCGCUAGGCAUUAACUUCGACAAGGGUAGCAGCCGGUUACGGAUCACACGAGAUAUUGCUCGAGAAAUUUUACGCCGAGACGGGUUUGGAGGCUUCUACCGUGGUUACACUGCAAGCCUGAUGGCCUACGUACCAAACUCAGCCAUGUGGUGGGCUUUUUACCAUCUGUACCAGGACGAGUUGCUAAAGAUAGUUCCACCGUGGGUCUCCCAUCUAUUCGUGCAGUGUGUGGCCGGUAGUUUUGGAGGCUUCACCACAACUAUCAUCACCAAUCCGCUUGACAUUGUUCGGGCACGGUUGCAGGUGCAGCGACUUGACUCAAUGAGCGUCGCUUUCCGCGAGCUGUGGCACGAGGAACACUUCCACAUGUUCUUCAAAGGGCUGACGGCCCGGUUAGUGCAAUCGGCCGCAUUUUCCUUCAGUAUCAUACUCGGGUACGAAACCAUUAAGCGGAUUUCCGUGAACGAGCAGUACAGGCAUCUAAUUCGAUGGUAAGAGUAGAGCAGAGCUCAGCGCUUGGGAGCGUUUACGUUUAGGAACACAUCAUCAUAGAAGAAUUUCUGUUCACCAGUUUGUAUAUCUCACAUGUAGUGCAUGUAAAAUGACUAAGCAUAAUGUUAAAAAUGUAAUCUGUUUUCCCCAAAACUCACAAGAACAAUAAGGAGCUAGGGUAGGGUUAGUUGUGUAUAGCUGCGACUGCCGAGAGACGAUCAGAUUGAUAGUGUUCGUUAGUAUAUAAAUGUAUGUGCAAUAUUAAAUGGAGUGCAAGGAAUUUGUAGAAAUGUAAUCAUCGGCGUAAAAUUACGUAGGAUGUUAUAUCCCUUUCUGCUUCACUAAACUGGAUUUAGUGCGUACACUAUUGUAAAGAAAGUCAUAAAUCCUUGUGUGCUCCAACCAACUAUUCCGUUGUUACUGGCACAGCUUUACACACUCUACCAUCAUUUACGGUUAGUACGAGCUAACAUCGGUGCUCUUUCUAAUGUCAUCUCGCGAGUUAUUUUACGUGCUGUUCAAGGAAUCAGGACACAAGAAUGAUAGACAAAUGGUCAAUCGUUAAAUUGUGUUAUGUCGCCUUAGAAUGGGACGGGACAAUGAAUUGUAAGUAAAAUGCAGAAUAAAACCAAACCAAGGCAGCUUUAAUAAAGCUCAUGUUGAAAAUAA